GAUGCAUUGCAGCGAGAGGGCAGCCACUGUACCGUUGAAUUUGAAGAAUCAGUACUACCUAGCAGGUGAUGCAACUCUGAAGUGUAGAGUAUUGAUGCUCGAUGGUACGUUUUCGAUGCGGGAAAUCGUGUUUUCGACGUGGGAAAUGCCCAAUAAUUUUUUGUGGUGGGGCAGCUCAGCAUGCCUAUAAAUCGUAAAAGUUGUAUUUAUUAUCACGUUUAAGGUAUGUCUGGCUUUAUACCUUUAUUUGAAUAUACGCUAAAGAAUUGCUUAAAUCCGCGCACAUUUUCCAAGUACUUCAACCUCCCAAGUGGUCAAACCUUCUCAAUCAAAUUUUGUGAAGCUACGUUUUUUUUUGUGAGCAUGAAAUUAAGCAGAACUCGUGAACAAAAAGAAAGAACUUGAGGUGAGCUAAAAAUAUUAUGGCACGCCCUGAGCUAAAUGUUCUCGUAAGUUUGCUUACAGUAAGGACCGUAGUUCUUGUUGCAGGUUAGUGAUGCACCAUAGUGUUUUUAUAUUAGGGGUUUAAAUAAUACUACAAUAAGGUACAAACAGUUGAUUGACAUCGUUUUAGCUAUAUAAACACGAGGUAAACUAAUUUAUUAUGCUAAUGAUUCAUUUUAUUUCCUAUGCACCAUUCGAGCGUGCAAAUAUAGAACACCGCACUUUUGCCGGGUUCUGAAGCUUUCGCACUGCUCUUGUUUUAUGGCAGCUUGAACAGCAGAAGCACAGUCUGCCCUCAACGGUGCUGUUUGUUGAUUAAGAGCAUGAAAGCACUCGGUGACUUUGAAACCAAGUGCAAGCCGGCGGCGGAUCGCGGCCCCUGCAGUGGCCGCAUCCCACUGUGGGCCUUCAACGCCACAAAAAACCGAUGCCAGCGCUUCUACUACGGAGGCUGCGACGGAAACGAGAACAAGCACUAUACGAGGAAUCAAUGCGAGCUCACCUGCCUCCGAUCCGAUGCUUCCAGAGAUGGCGCAAGACCUGAGGAGCUGCGAGAAUUCAGUAACGACAUUUUGCCCGUGCCAGAUGUGCCGAGUCUUAUGUGGUCCGUUCUCACAAACCCGGCCUGCCUCCUUCCACCGGACCGGGGCAUGUGUUCCGGCUACCAUCACCGCUUUUUCUAUGAAGCCGGCCUCAGAACGUGUCAAGGAUUCGUCUACGGUGGCUGCGGCGGCAAUGCCAACAACUUCGCCAGCCUCGACCAGUGUUACGAAGCCUGCAGUCCGAGGCAACGUCUGCUACCACGUACAUAAUGCGAGUGGAUGCAAUGGCAGUUUCGCGGCAUCCAAUUUUCAAAGA